AAGAAGAAGUAGGAAGAACGACGGUCUAAGUGGUUUUCCGGGUUGCUGGAUCUCGGGGUUUGUUCCUGAGUGUUUAUGUUGUUUAUUCGGGACUCGGCUUGUUAUUCAGGAUGUUGCUGGUUUUGUCUGAAGACCAUAAAGAACACCUCGCCUUCCUGCCAAAGGUUGACAUCGCAGUGGUGGGAGAGUUUGGUCGCAUAGCGCUGGAGUUCUUAAAGAGAGGAACCAGUCCCAAGAUCUACGAGGGAGCAGCCAGGAAGCUGUGUGUUCCUGUGGAAAUGGUGCAGCAUGGAGUGGAAGGCCUGAUGUUUCUGAUGACAGAGAGCUCCAAACACAUGAUCUCUGAAGUGGAUUUCCUGGACUCGGUGCUGGUUCUGGGCUUUGGUGAAGAGCUUAACCAGAUCCUCUUACAGCUCUAUCUACAACACCAGAGUCAGAUCCGCAGCAUCCUGAGACAGCUGCCCUCCAACCUGCCUGCUUACCACAACCUGGAAUGGAGACUCGAUGUACAGUUGGCGAGUCGCUCGGUCCGUCAGCAGGUCAUUCCCUCGCUCACCAUGCGCCUGCUCCUGACGUCAGGUUGUGGCAGCAGCAGUGAUCACAGCAGAAAGGUUCUGCAGACAGACCCCAGCACCCUCCUGCACCUCAUCGCCACACUGGAGGCCGCUCUUGCCGCCAUGAAAACCAGUCAUGCUCACCGCAUAUUUCGCAACAUCAAAUAGUCUCCCCGGGUCUCUCUCUGAGUGCCUUUUUUUACCUGAAAGAGACUUGUGUCUCUGUGAUGUGCAGAGCAGUGAUGAUCUGGUCCGGGGUGGUGAACAAGACUUUUGCCUAUCUGACAGGCCAAUGGUCGUCAUUUCAUGAGUCACUACAUGUGCCCUGUGGUAUAUAAACUGGUUUCUACAGUGCUGUAAAUAUUGUAUUAAAGUGUAAGACAAGAUGAAACACAAUGCUGAUUAUGCCUCGUGCUGCCAGAGAAAGCUGUAUUUCGUGGUGGUGUCUGGUGUCUUUGGUGACCUUUUCCAGGCUGGUGCACUUUCUGCUCUUGGACAGGUUUGUGUUUGUAAUCUAGUUCAGUGGACAUUCAAAACAUGCCUUUUCUUAACUAUUUCCAUUAAAAGACUUGAAUUGA